UUCCCAGCGAUUUUCCAGCGAUUUUCGCCGCGCUUUUUUUCCACGCGCGCCAUGGACUCCAAAUCGGCCGGCCGAAGCCGCUCCUCCUGCAGCACAGUUUGCCUCGUGGCCGUCAUGACGAUAGCGGCUCUUCGGCCCUGGAUUUCCAGCGGAAGAGGAGAGAUGGGCGCCUGCGAUUCCUUGCCGCGCUUGGUGAAUUUGAGCAGCGUGGCGCGUGACGCCGUGGCACAGGCAGAGAAGUUGACUGCACAGGACCUGCAACUCUUGGAUGUCGAAGCGGUGCUGGGCAAGGCCGUGAAACGCCUGGAGCAGGGCGGUAAGCAGCAAGCCGCAGCAGCCGAGGACCUGCGAAGAAGCACCGUGUACCAAGAGGUGCUCCGCUACUCCCAGCUCUUUGACUCUGCCAGGGCCACGCUGCAACCCACCAGGUUCAAACGCGUUUGGUCCCGCGAUGAUGCGGAGUUCUUCGUUCGCAGCGCACCGGGCGCCACGUGGUUUGAAUACAAGAUCGUUGCACAGAUCGAUCAGAGCCUGGUGAACUGCAUGGCGCCGCUGCAUGAGAGAGAACUCAUCCUCAAGUAUCAACCUGUCUUUGUGGAGCCCCAUCGUGAUCUGAUUAAACCCACGGCGCACCACGCUGUGGUGCGGACUUUGGCGCGGAUCUUGGGCUUUUACAUCGAGACGGUCUUCGAACUCGUGCGCAUCUCCAACAAGGACUUUGGUUACCUCGUGGAGAUUGCGAAGAGCGAUUUCCCGGUGAAGGACCGGUUGAAGCUGCCGAAACGGCCCUUCUGGAGCAAGCGAAUUCAGGUGGAUACCAAGAAUCUCUGGUUGCCCGUGGGUGGCGGUGAGACUGGUACCAUUGUGGUGUCUGUCAGUCGCGUGCAGGUUGGAGUGCCCAUUCCUUCCAAAGCCCUGAGAUUUUUAGCCAACAGUUUCACCAAAAGCAUCCUGGGCAACAUCAAGCGCGGGUGCGCCCUGAGCUCCGAUGAGACCAGCCCCUGGCACAAGCGCAUCAAGCGCGAUGCCGAUGGCUUUUACCGGGAGCUCUCCGGAGUCGAGGAGUCAGCCCGAAAGCGGCGACAAAUUUCCAUCUCGGAGUUGCCUUCUGAAGACAUUUUCGAUCGCCCAUGGAGCCUUCAAUAGAUGGGAAAGGGAGGGCUGCCACAGGAUUGGCGUUUUCUGG